AUGCAUCCUCCAAACGAACGGGAACGGAGUCACCAUUUCCACUUUGGUCGUCGUCUGACUCCGAAUAGUACAGAGCUGAACAGUGCCAAUGGUGGUGCCAAUAGCGCCGUCCCUUUUCCGGCUCAUGCUGGACCCGGACCCUGGCCGAAACACGACGCUGCCGCUUCAGGUCCGUUGCACCAUCAGCAGCAGCACCCUCAGGCCCUCAACAACAACCACCAUCAUCCCGUCCACUGCAAUCCGCUCCAGCAACAUCCACCACUCCUGAACAACGAUAAUAACCACCACCACCACCCGAUCCGCAUGGAACCGCGCCGAGGGAGUCAUGGACAUGGUCGCACAUCGCCCGCAAUAGCCUCAGCACCAGAAGCGCAUUCCCAACACCCGCAGCGCACCCAGUAUGCCAGUGCAAUGAACCACCACAGGCCGACUGUGCCCCUGGCGCUCCCAAACCGCACCCCGGCCUCCCCUCGCUGGGAUUCCAUCGAUGCACGCUCGAGAAAUGUUUCGCCCGUCCCUCCGAGUCCAUUCCAAGUGAAUCACAACCACCACAUCACGUCACACAGAUCGUCACAGAGGUCACGGGCCGAGUCGACCACACCCACUGGCACCCCGAGACUGACACCGCGCUCCGUAUUUCCCGGCCUCUCCUCCCACCCCUUUAUACCCGAGGCGCUCGAGCCCGAAGAUUCGGACCAGGACCGUGACCACGACCGUGACCAAUUGCAACCACAAGAAGAACGAGAAGACCCGGAACCGUCGCCUACACGGCUGUCCACCCGCAAAUUCCCCUUGAUCGGCCGAGGAAGUCAGCAGAUCGACGAUGAGGUUAUGCGCCACUCGCCAAUACCGCUAACGCCCACUUCGCCCGCCCACAGUUACACUUCCUCAAUUGCCCAUUCUCGCCGGGCCAACACGGACUCAGUCAUGGUUGUCGAGAACUUCUCCCGUCCGCGCAAGACGAGUGUGUCCAUACGAUCCAAGAACUCGGACAUCUCCGUCAUGCGAGCGGCGCCUCCGGUCCGCCAUCACGAUGAACCUUCGUUCGACAGCCUGCACCCUGCAAACAACCACCCGACACCAUACAACGAAAACAUUGCGCCUAAUCAAUGGCCCCAGGACCGCCGCUUCUCCACUGCGUCUUCGCACUCGUCAAGCACGUUCUCGUCUUCGAUUGCCAAACGUCCGUCAAAUGACCAGCUUCAAGCCGCAGCCAGGGACCAGCCGCCAGUAACAAGGCGCCCCUUUGCUGGACGACCUCCGCCGCCUGUCAGUUACAACAACCACAACAACUUUUACUCGCCUACUACCCGCGAACCUCCGGCGUGGAUACAGGAGGAAUUUAGGCCACCAAGCUUUCGCUCUCCAUUUGCUACGAAUUCUGGAGAGCGUUGCAGUAUUCUAACCACCCACAGCAUCACUGAGCAAUCCAUCAUUAAUGGCUAUGCUCGCGCAAGUUGGCGAACGAAUUCGGUGGCCGACGACGGCCCGAGUAUCGAGGACGUAAUGGUCAUGUAUGAGCGGGGUUUUAAUGAUUCGGAAAUUGAUAACAUCGGUUUUCGCAAAAGCCGGAGGUUUUUGGACGAUACCGACCAUUUUGACCCGGACAUCGGAGUAUUUCCGAUGGGGGAUAACUCCCGGCCCGCCACCAGUCAUUCGGACCCCGACACCGACCGGACGACUAAAAUCUUCGAGGCGAUGCACGACGACCCACUGCCUUUACCUGGAGCGAGGCCAAUAUCCCGAAAAUCUGCCAGGCUAUCCAAUUUCAUUCUCCGGAAAUCGGGACUUAUGAACUCGUUGCCAAAGGACAUUGGCUUGGCGAUCACCGAAGACAUGGAGAGGAAAAGGCAACAGAGUAUUACAGAGUAUAUGGAGAAGCAGAGGCAGGAAUCAAUAAGCGGGGAGGCUAUGGAAAGGAGGAGGCAGGAAUCUGACGCGAAGGACCCGGCGAAGCACGACUCAGCCAAGUUAAUGGAUGGCGAUAAUGUAAUUGAUUUGCAGGCCCAGGAACCCGCCAUGGCAGGUACUCCCGCGGCACCGACGGACUCGAUGGAGUCGAUGGAACCGAUGGAUACCCCUGACCUUGACGAAGUGGAGGAAGAAGAAGAGGAGGAGGAGGAGGAGGAAGCGGCAGUGGAGGAGGAGAAAUUUCGCGCCAUCCUGACACCGAUUCCAACAGCGAAUAUGCCAGUCGAACCACCGGAGGAACCGGGUAGCCGUGACCGAUAUGGUUUCCGAAAAGCCAAUUCCAACGUUACCCGUCAGCAGUAUGACGCCUGGGAUGCCCAAUACAGCGAAUACCUGGCACGCCGCAGGAGGAAAUGGAUUGCUUUUCUCAAGGAUAAUUCUCUCAUGACGGACAGGCCGAACAGGUUUCCCCCAAGAAGUAACAAGACCAAGAGGUUUAUUCGGAAAGGCAUUCCGCCCGACUGGCGCGGUGCAGCUUGGUUUUAUUACGCCGGAGGGCCAGCACUUCUCAGCAAGCACAGGGGUGUAUACGAUGACUUGGUCAGGCGUGCAGGCCUAGAUCCGAAAGGUCCAGGCAGGCUGCCGGAUGCAAAGGGUGAAGUAAAGCCGUUGAUCUGCGAAGACAUCGAGAAGGAUCUACACCGAACAUUCCCGGAUAACAUACGAUUCAAACCGCCACCAUCAACAACACCUGGUGGUGACAGCCAGGCUGCUAGUGGAUAUAUCCCGGGCGUCACCCAACCGGCCGACCCUGCCCAGGAGCCCGAAAUUAUCAGCUCUCUGCGCCGCGUUCUCCAUGCAUUUGCCUUGUACAAUCCACGGAUCGGCUACUGCCAAUCGCUGAACUUCUUGGCUGGGUUGCUUCUUUUGUUUGUCGAAACCGAAGAGCAGGCAUUCUGGCUGUUGAACGUCAUAACGCGAGUCUACUUACCAGGGACGCAUGAAAUGAGCUUGGAAGGCUCCAAGGUCGAUCUUGGUGUGCUGAUGGGGACGUUGAAGGAUUCGUUACCCAACGUCUGGAAGCAGAUUGGUGGAGACGAGCUUGAAGGGAACCCCAGCAGAAGACACCGGUUAGGGAACCGCGUGAGGCACGGCGGCAAGAACCUCAGCAUCAGCGAUCCGAACCGACUCCCCGCCAUCACACUGUGCAUGACGGCCUGGUUCAUGUCGUGUUUUAUCGGAACGCUCCCAAUCGAAACCGUGCUGCGCGUUUGGGAUGUGUUCUUCUACGAAGGCUCUCGCACCCUGUUCCGCAUCGCCCUCACCAUCUUCAAGCUCGGCGAGAAUGAGAUCAGGGCGGUCCAGGAUCCGAUGGAGAUGUUUGGUGUGGUACAGGCGUUCCCCCGGCGGCUGAUCGACUGCAACAUGCUGAUGGAGGCAUGCUACAAGCGGCGCAACGGCAUCGGACACCUGACUCAGGAAGCGGUGGAGGAGAAGCGACAGGAACGACGCGAAAACAUCCAAAAGUGGAGGGCCCUGCAGGAGGCCGCUAGUGAGGCUGGACCCCGGCUGAAUAGGGCCGCUCAUAUUGGAAACCCAGCGUCCAGGUCGCAGGCUGCUGGGCUGGACCUCGCUGCCGAAGACGAUGGCCACGGCAACCGGAAGGCUUCAACGCUGUUUAGUAGAAGAAGGGGGGAUCGUGAACAGUCAAGGGCGGAUGAGGUGAUGUAG